CCGGUGUCCGGCUGCCGGCUCCGUCCCCAGCUCGCAGGCUCUGUCCCCAGCUCGCAGGAGAUCUGGACGCGCCCUCUGGCCCCGAGCGGGCACCAGCUCUCGCGUGACGGCCGGGAUCUUGACCGUCCCCGAUUCCCUCUGUCUUCGCUUCCUGACACCACCCAAAAGAAAUGAGUUACUUGAAGCACCCACGGCCCCACAAGGCAGCAGCGAGACAGGCAGAGACAGCCCCAGCCCCGCAGGAGGGCACGCAGGACCCCCCCUGCCUCUCCCAGGACCAGCAGGGGCCCCAGAGCAGCCUGUUCAACCAUUAUGAGGAGAAGGUGCGGCCCUGCAUCGACCUCAUCGACUCCCUGCGGGCCCUGGGCGUGGAGCAGGACCUGGCCCUGCCCGCCAUCGCCGUCAUCGGCGACCAGAGCUCGGGCAAGAGCUCCGUGCUGGAGGCCCUGUCGGGGGUCGCCCUGCCCCGAGGCAGCGGCAUCGUGACCAGGUGCCCGCUGGUGCUGAAGCUGAAGAAGCAGCUGCAGGGGGCGCCGUGGAGGGGGACCCUCAGCUACCGGACGGUGGUGCUCAGCCUGCAGGACCCCUCGCGGGUGGAGUCAGAGAUCAACAAAGCCCAGAACACCAUCGCUGGGCACGGUGUCGGCAUCAGCCACGAGCUCAUCACCCUGGAGAUCACCUCCCCCGAGGUCCCGGAUCUGACCCUCAUCGACCUUCCGGGCAUCACCAGGUUGGCUGUGGGGAACCAGCCCCCGGACAUUGGGGUGCAGAUCAAGAACCUCAUCAAGAUGUACAUCCAGAGGCAGGAGACCAUCAACCUGGUGGUGGUGCCCUGCAACGUGGACAUCGCCACUACUGAGGCGCUCAGCAUGGCGCGGGAGGUGGACCCCGACGGCGACAGGACCCUGGGGAUCCUGACCAAGCCCGACCUGGUGGACAAGGGAGCCGAGAAGAACGUGCUGAAUGUGGCUCAGAACCACGUGUUCCCCCUCAAGAAGGGCUACAUGAUCGUGAAGUGCCGGGGCCAGCAGGACAUCAUGAACAAGCAGAGCCUGGCCAAGGCCACCGAGAAGGAAAUCAGUUUCUUCCAGACGCACCCGCACUUCAGGGCUCUCCUGGAAAAUGGAAAGGCCACAGUGCCCCGCCUGGCAGAAAAGCUGACCGCCGAGCUCAUCUCACACAUCACUAAAUCGCUCCCGCUCUUAGACAACACAAUAAGGGAGAGCUACCAGCAGGCGACGGAGGAGCUGCGCCAGUGCGGGUCCAGCAUCCCCACCAGCGAGAGCCACAAGCUGUUGUUCCUGAUAGAGAAAAUAAAGGGGUUCAACCGUGACAUUGAAAAGUUAAUAGAAGGAGAAGAAACUGUAAAGGCGAAAGAGAUACGUUUAUGUAACCGAGUCAGAAAAGAGUUUAACAAGUGGGAGCUCAUCCUUCAAGACCAUAGGCAAAAAGUGAAAACCAUUGUCCACAAGGAGGUGUCCCAGUACGAGGAGCAGUAUCGCGGCAAAGAGCUCCCCGGGUUUGCCAGCUACAAGACCUUCGAGGCCAUCGUGCAGCAGUACGUGAGCCAGCUGGUCGAGCCCGCCCUCACCAUGCUGCACAACGUUGCGGAAAUGAUUGAGCUCAGUUUCAUCGACACAGCCAAAGAACGUUUUGGUGAUUUUCUGAACCUGCAUCAAGUAGUCCAGAGCAAGAUCAAAAGCAUCACACAGAAACAAGUGGGAGCAGCAGAAAACCUGAUCCGGCUUCAGUUCAGCAUGGAGCAGCUGGUCUACUGCGAUGACAGCAUCUACGGCCUGGUUCUGAGCAAGGUCCGGGAAGAGACGUUCAGCCCUGCGGUCCAGACUUUUGCGAGUCUGCAGGGCGCCCACCCUUCAAAGGCGAAAUCUCCGAUUUCCUCCUUCACUGAAAUCGGGGUGCACAUGACCGCGUAUUUCUUGGAAACCAGCAAUCGUCUCUCCAACCAAAUCCCGCUCAUCAUCCAGUACUUCGUCCUCAAGGAGAGCAGCGAAGACCUGCAGGGGGUGAUGCUGCAGGUGCUGCACGAGCGGGAGCACUACUCCUGGCUGCUGGAGGAGCACAGCGAGACCGCCAAGAAGAGGAUCUUCCUCACGGAGAAAAUCGACCGGCUGGCCCAGGCCCGGCAGGCGCUCUAUAAUUUCUCCAGCUCCAGGGGGUAGCUGCUGCUCCCCCUCAGGUCCUUCCUCCUUGCGCUGCCUGCGAGGGGUGGUGCAGGAGGCCCCUUCUCCUGUGGGCAGACCCUCCUCUUGCGCACCAGUCCUCUGGGGCGCUGCUCCUAGGCCCGCAGUUCUCGCCCUGCGCCCCACCUGCCUCCACCGCUGUGGCCCGGCCUGCCUCCCCCAGCGUGCCCUGCCCAUGGUCCUCGGAGGGGGGCAUCAGCAUCGUCCCUCUCGUUUCCAGCCCCUAGCGCGGCUCGUCGCUAUCAAGCGCUCAGUGGCGGCCACACCACAGACCAGCACGGAGUCCCAGCGGUGGGCUGUGGGGCUGGUGUCCCCGCCGGCCACUUUCAGAGGCAGUUGGCCUGGUCACCUGUGCGCCAUCCUCUGCUGGACCAUGUGUCCAGCCGGCCAGGAGCGACAGCCGAGGGACGCCACUCUGCUCCGAUGAGCCCCCACGGCAGUCUCGAGUCCUGCAAUUUGAUCCUUGAUAAGGAAAACCGUAUUUUGAAAAGCAUAGAGGUCACCGCUACGUCCGUCUCUGGACUGGAAGAACAGAGCUGCUUCCCCGACGGCGGCCUUCCCGGACGGGGUUCGGGCGCGAGUGACGCCACGGCCGCAGACUUCCCGCGCCGAGCCGGUGCCGCAGGUCAUGUGCACGAAGCCUGUGGUUCCGGACCCAAAACAUAGCAGAUCCUUUCCUGGUCAGGUUCCGCCGUCGCCACCCACAAGGCCUCCUUGCCCGGGCCCGCGCCCGAGCAGCCCCCACCCGCGCCUUCCCUCCAGCUCUCACCUGCAGUUCUUGGACGCUUUUUGAGCCAACCUCUGCGUCUGCUUUAGACACGAGCCCGGCUGCCUCCCACGGGCGGGUGUCCUGUUCCCAGUUCCCAGCACCGUUUGUGGAAAAGCCCGCCCUCUCCCGUGGGGCUCGACCGACCC